CCAGUUGGUAUUUUAUAGGGGCGGUCACACUAAUCCGUACCCAAAAACAAUCAACCGAUGCGAAAAGCAUAACAAUUCGAAAGUUUAAAAUUCGGUCAAGAUGAGCGCCUAUUAUCGGCGCGCGGCGUUGCGCAAGAAGAGCCCCAGCCGCGGAUCGUCCUUCGAGUCGGAGAUGAACGAGUCCGGCUACACAUCCUUCCUGGCCCUGCACAAUUCCACCGCGGAGACGCCAUUUUUGUUGGAGGACGCUGAGGGCGAAAAUUGUCGCAAUGCAUCGAAUACCACUACAUUCUUUUGGGGGCUGAACACGCCCAGUAGCCACCAGGAGCAGGACCUUCACUGGGGCAAGCCCUAUCCCAGAACACAGCCCCAAAAGAAAAUUUCCGCGGAGGAGGAGCCUUUCUCUAUGACUCCGCGUCUGCAGGAUGAGCAUAGUCUGCCCAAGCGGCGCAAAAAACACUUUCAAUCGCCACACAGUAGCCCCAAGAAGUCCAAGAAGCUGCUUUUCCCCCACAUAGAAGAACCGCCCAAGAAUCGCUUUUACGGAGGUGUCGAAAAGCUGGACAUAGUGGCCAAGCUGGCGCAAGAGCUUCCGGCACUGGAGUGCAUACUGCGUCAUGUGGGUGCCCACACGCUGGACGUGAUGACCAAGGUGUCGCCGGCCUGGAAGCAGGCCGUUUAUCGCAGCCAGCGCGACUUGGAGCGCCUGCAGAACCACCGACUCAAGUUGAACCUUACCAAAGAGAAUCCUCACGUGCCCAAGCGGUGCAGCCAUGUGCCCAAGGCAAACCACACAGUGCCAUUGCAGACCUCGAACCAUAGCAGCCUGGCCAACAGCGCCGCCUCGCUAAUGGACUCGGGCAACUCGAGUAUCCACCUGAUGGACGUGGAUGCCGGAAGGGUUCUGCGCGAGCAGACGCAGCGCGUCAAGUGUCCUCGAUGCGGACGAGGCAGCCGGGUUUUCAUAAGCGAGGCAGCCAAGGGUGGCGAAAACCUAUUGUCGCAGACUCUGCCUAUUCCACAUAGCACAUUCCCCUGCAUGACGGGUCCGCCUCUCAAACGCUUCCUGUCCCUGGAUCUUGACGAGGUCAAGAGUUCACCGCAAGGACCGCCAUACAACUUCGCCGAAUGCACCAGUGUCAUCUGCCAGUUCCGGUUCUGCGUCAACUGUCUGUCCAAGUCGCAUCCCGGCGAGCGUUGCCUGGUCACGGAGCUGGACACACCAUCCAAACUGAUGAUGCCACGGGAGCGACUGACGCCGCCACAACGUGCCCAGAGCCGUGAUCCGAAAAUCACAAGGAAAAACUCGCUCAAGCGGCUCUGCUUUUAGCUUUAUCAUAGGCUUUUAACUAUUACGAUUAGUAUUCGAUUUUUUUAAAUCUCAUUAAUUCCGUAUUAUGUCCAUCGCAUUAAGAUCCAUUUCAUCACGUACAUUCUUAUAUAUGUUUUUAAAUCGUUUCAUGUAAGGUUUGUCGGAAUUCUGUACCUCUGCGAGAUUAAGUAUUUUUUACACAUGCAAAAUAUAUAAAUCAUUUUUAAAACUUUA